CAAACAGAGACACCUGUACACACACACAGACAUUUACAUACACGCACAGAGACACAUGUACACACACAUACAGACACAUGUAUACACACACAGGCACAUACAGACACGCAUACACACAGAUACAUGUACGUACACAGAAAUACACACACCCAGACACAUGUACAUAACAUACAUACAUACACAGACACGUACACACACACAUACAUGUACACACACACAAACCCCCAUAAAAAAGUUGCAGUACUUCGUUUGUUCACUCACAGACCCAGGUACUGCACUCUAGGGGGAGGCAGAGAGCACAUCACACACUCCUUCCUUUGCUUUCACUGCGCUCACCCCUUGAGCAGUCUGAGGGCUCCUAGUGCCAAUGACAGAUCCGGCCUGAGCUCCGAGCCUGCUCAGCAAGACGGCCCUGGGGGACACACUCGC